GAUGCGAUCCCCUUGCUGUAGAUUUGAUUGACUGGAAACAUGUCGGUGUGGUGGUGGGAGCGACCCGGGAUGCAGCUGCUGGCAAGGGAGACGGGGAGUACCUGUACCCAAUCCACACAGCAUCACCUUUAAAAUUAUUAUAUGACGAUGCUUUAAUUUAAUGGAUCCGUUUAUGUUAUUAUGAUGCGUUGGUUUUUUAUUUGAAAUGAAUAAACAACGCUCAAUGGAUUUAUUACCUGAGGCUUGAUCGGUUGUGUUCUGAUUUUUGUUUCUGUUGUGGAGGUAGCCUACGCUAUCUGCAGAUUGUGUUUGAUGAUAUAGCCCUCAGCAUCAGUACCAGGUUCAAUCAGAAACACCUUGAUGAACCACCACCAGGAAAUACAAGGACUGUUGCAAUGGAGUCGCCUUUCACAUAGAUCACAUCUCAUCUGUAAACCAAUGUACAUAAUAUAAUAUACCACCACGUUUGCUGGCGUUUUGCAGGUCGCUUUAUUUCAUGGAGUUUUUUCCACCUUUAUUUUCUGAGUAGAUUUUUUUUUGAAGUACACAUAAAUAAACGACCACAGCUCGCAAGCAAUGGACGAGAAGAAUAUGACAAAAAGCGACGAGCAGCGUCUGAGUUUGCAAAAAGCCUUGCAGCAGUGCGAGUUGGUGCAAAAUAUGAUAGACAUAAGCAUUUCCAGCUUGGAGGGAUUGAGGACCAAAUGUGCCACAUCUAACGACUUGACACAGAAAGAAAUACGAACGCUGGAGGGAAAGCUGGUGAAGUACUUCAGUCGCCAGCUGUCCUGUAAGGUGAGAGUGGCCUUACAGGAGGACACCACUGAGCUACAGGACUUCCCCCGUCUGGGACACUGGUUCCGUAUAGUCAACCUGAGGAAGGAGGUCACUGAGGAGAUGGGUCCAGGCGAGGUGACUCUAGAGGGGCUGUUGGAGAUGAGUGAUGAGGAGGUGUGUGAGGCCAUGGAGAAGUUUGGAGCCAACGACGAGGAGUGUGCCCGGCUCAAUGCCUCUCUGACCUGCCUAAGGAGGGCCCACAAGUCAGAACAACUUGAGGAUGAGACAUUGCCCAAUAACGGAGCAGGCAGCCAUGCCAAACAGGACUGGUCCAUCCAGUGGCCCACCUCCGAGUCCGGCAAGGAGAACACUCCCUUCCCCUCUCCCGAACCCAGCCAGUGGGUCCGCUUCCAGCUCUCCCAAAGCCCGAAGGUCCAGGCCAAGUACAAGCAGCAGCACCACAGCCAAUAUCACAGCCCCCAGGCCUUGCUACCCUAUCCGUACGGCCCCUAUGUCCAGCCAGACCGCCUCACCGUGGACAGCCACCUGGGACUGGGGGCCUUCCCCCCCAUGGACACGGGCCACCGCUCCCUGCCCCCCUCUCCCCGCCAGAGGCACUUUGCCCACACCCCUCCCCGGACUCCUCUGGUGGUCAACAGCAUGACCCCCCCGGGCACGCCCCCCAUGAGGCGCAGGAACAAGGUGAAGGCGCCCGGGACGCCCCCACCCCCCAGCCGAAAGCUCAUCCACCUGCUGCCAGGCUUCACCGCGCUGCACCGAUCUAAGUCACACGAGUUCCAGCUGGGAAAUCGCAUAGGUCUGGAAGCAGCUGACAUUCAGACACCCAAAGUGAAGCAGAAGAAGUCCAAGCCUCAGCACCUGAAGAUCAACAGUAGUAUGGGGAGCUGUGAGAACCUGCCUACCCAGCGUUCACCCCUACACUCCUCUGACCAUCGCUCCCUCCGUUCCUUUUUCUUCCCCACCUUCAUGCCCUCCACUCCCCCCGUCUACUCCGAUGCAAACACUCUCUCAGUGCCUCGCUGGUCCCCACAGAUCCCCCAGAGAGACCUGGGAAACUCCAUAAAACACCGGUUUUCCACCAAGUAUUGGAUGUCUCAGACAUGCAUAGUAUGUGGGAAAGGAAUGUUGUUUGGACUCAAAUGUAAAAACUGCAAGCUGAAGUGCCAUAACAAAUGCACCAAAGAAGCCCCGCCUUGCCAUUUGCUGAUCAUCCAACGAGGAGGGAGUAACCCCCUCAAAGGUGCGACAGAUCACCAAGGAAAUCAAGCUCGUUUGGUACGGACUGAAUCGGUACCAUGUGACAUCAACAACCCCCUCAGGUACACAGACCUGCACAUCAGUCAGACGCUGCCCAAAACCAGCAAAAUCAACAAGGAUCACAUACCUGUCCCGUACCAGCCAGACUCCAGUAGUAACCCCUCCUCCACCACCUCCUCCACUCCUUCCUCCCCCGUUCCCCCCCUCCCCUCUAGUGCCACCCCUCCCUCCCCCCUGCACCCCUCCCCACAGUCGGCACGGCUACAGAAACAGUUCAGUUUAACAGCCUCUUCUUACUUCAAAUACAAGCAGCAGUUCAUCUUCCCAGAUGUGGCCCUGGCCCCAGAGGCCCCCAGCAGGGCACCCCAGGUCAUCCUGCACCCUGUCCUGUCUGAGCCGGGAGUCGAGAUGAACCCUUUAAACCCUUUACUACAGAUUGAAGUGGAACCUACAUCAGACAACGAUGAGGUGGAGGAUUCGGAGGAUGAAUUUGAGGAGAUGAACCUGUCUCUGCUGUCGGCCCGUAACUUCCCCCGCAAGGCCAGCCAGACAUCCAUCUACCUCCAGGAGUGGGACAUCCCCUUCAAACAGCUGGAGAUCGGAGAACUCAUCGGGAAAGGUCGCGUCGGGCUAGUGUUCCACGGGCGCUGGCAUGGUGAGGUGGCCAUCCGCCUCAUCGACAUCGAGCGGGACAACGAGGACCAGCUGAAGGCCUUCAAGCGGGAGGUGAUGGCCUACCGUAACACUCGACAUGAGAACGUAGUCCUCUUCAUGGGUGUCUGCAUGAGCCCCCCACAUCUGGCCAUCAUCACCAGCUUGUGUAAGGGAAGGACCCUGUAUUCGGUGGUGAGGGAUGCCAAAGUCAUCCUGGAUGUUAACAAGACCAGACAGAUCGCCCAGGAGAUGGUUAAGGGAAUGGGCUAUCUUCACGCCAAGGGGAUCCUACACAAGGACAUGAAGUCCAAGAAUGUUUUCUAUGACAACGGCAAAGUGGUCAUCACCGACUUCGGACUCUUCACCAUAUCUGGGGUUCUGCAAGCCGGCAGCCGUAGAGAGGACAAGCUGAGGAUCCCCAGUGGAUGGUUGUGUCACCUGGCCCCUGAAAUAGUCUCUCAGCUCUCCCCGGAAACAGAGGAGGACAAGCUGCCUUUCUCCAAACAGUCAGACGUCUUUGCUUUCGGCACUAUCUGGUACGAGUUGCAUGCACGUGAGUGGCCUUAUAAGAACCAGCCAGCAGAAGUUAUCAUCUGGCAGGCGGGCAGCGGAAUGAAACCCAAUCUCACACAGAUCGGUAUGGGCAAAGAGAUAUCGGACAUCCUGCUCUUCUGCUGGGCGUUUGAGCAAGAGGAGAGGCCCAGUUUCUCCAAGCUGGUGGAUCUGCUGGAAAAGUUGCCAAAACGGAACCGCCGCCUUUCCCACCCAGGGCACUUCUGGAAGUCAGCUGAGUGCAGUUGACCGUGACCCUCUGAGCCUAGACUUCUCAACGUCCUCUGAACUCAUAUUUUGGGUUUAUUGUUUAAUCACAUGGAAGAUGUGUUAUAUUUCAUUACUCAAAUGACCUGUUCAGUUUGUUGGUUAGUUUCUUUAUUCUGGAAUGUAUUUUUCUCAAUGUCACUUGUUUUAAUGAGAGUUUUUUUUGUGUCAUGUCUCACUUCAUUGUGUACGGAAAAUGCAUCAGAAUGAACUAGUUUUUAGAAUGAAUGUAAUUAUGUAAUGAAUUGUGAAAUUUACAUUUUUAAGUAAUUGUUUUGCCAUUUCCUGUCUGUCAACUGUUUUUGUCAUUUGUCAGUGUACCUCAUGGUCUCUUGUGUUUGUGUUCUCCACAUGUUAGUCUCAAAGCUGUAUUUUAAAGUCAUUAUUCACUAUUGAAUGUGAAGACUCCACUGGUAGGAAACUGUUCUGUGCUUUGAUUAUUGCCUGUGAACACUGUUGAGGAUGCAUCCUAUUCCCUACACGGACCUGUCAAAAACGUCAAAGGUAGUGCACUAGAUGGGAAAUAGGGUGCGAGAUGUUUGAACAACAGCCUUUUUUCUCAGCUCUGGGUCAUUCAGUAGAAGACCUAGACUGACUGACUAGAAAUCUCUCACACUAAUGUGAAAACGCUGACACUUCAAAUGUAUCUCAUUACUUAGUAGAAAUGUGCAUCAACACCUUGGACAAAUGCUGUCACUGAGAAGUAGGUGUAUAGUGGUUACUUUGGUGUUUUAACGCAGAAAAGGAAAAAAACAAACAAAAAAGACAUAGCUAGCUAAGGUCACUACCUACGUACGUUAAUGAUGACACAAUCGAUUCACUUCAGGAAUUUGUCAGCCCUAUAAUUGAUAAAGCACUUUCUGAACAGACACCAUAACAGACACCAUCUAGUAACAUGACUCUGUCCAUGACCUGGCCUUUUCUAUCAUAUAUUUCACAGCGAUAUUUGAAAUCUAAGCAAGCUAGAGUGCAGUCAGAUUGUGUCUCAGUAAGAACUGUAAAGCUACUGCCAUGGGCUCUGUACAGCCAUGGCUUAGAUCCAGACAAUCCAA